UUCCUGUCUCAGGAAAGGCGCACAUACUGUGAGUCAUAUAGGGCAAGUCCUGCCUGGUGUUUACGCUGCUUCUACACCGAGCUGUGAAGUCGCGUUUUGUGGAGGAGCAACAGGCGGCUGGAUCCCAGAGAAACUCGGAUAUUUAACUCUUCUGUCCAGGCUCAAUUAAUGAAAAAGAAAGGGGGCGUGUGGUCCGGUUCUACAUGGAGCUGCUUCGGUUUUCCGUUUUCUGCUGCGGAGCGGUCCUGUUCGGUAUUGUGCUUCUGCCGGUGGAGACGAAUACCUCCAUGAUCGCUAUAAAACAGCUGUGCAGGUUUUGUGAUUUGCAGGCCACCACGUGUCUCGGUAAGGGAAUCUGCAAGGUGGAUUGUGACAUUACCUCCAUCUGCCCUGAUGAUAACGACGUGUGUGUCAGCAUCUGGCGGAAGAAAGACAACAAUAUUACAUUUGAAACAGUUUGUCACAAUCCAGCUAAUCCCCUGUAUGGCCUGUACCUGGACGAUUACAACAACACAAAGUGCAUUAUGAAAGAGAAAAAGGCCAAAGACUCAAAGUUUUUCAUCUGCUCCUGUUCCAAAGAGGAGGAGUGCAAUGAUAACAUCAUUUUUAACCCACACUCUCAGGUUGGGCCUGUCAUCCUGGUCAGCCUGCUGCCUCUUCUGGUCAUAGCCAUUUUUGUCAUCACUUCGUUCUACUGUUACCGGAUCUACAGUCAACAGGGAAACCCUCGCAAGAAGGGCAAGCCACUGGACAACACCGACAAGCACCCCAUCAUAGACAACGAGGGUUCAGACAGCAGCUCCACGCACGCCAACAACCUGAACCACAACACCGAGCUCCUGCCCAUCGAGCUGGACGUUCUGGUCGGUAAGGGCCGCUUUGCCGAGGUCUACAAAGCCAAGCUGAAGCAAGGCUCGUCGGUCCGGGAGGAGCACGGCUUUGAAACGGUGGCAGUCAAGAUCUUCCAGUUCGAGGAGUACGCCUCCUGGAAGAACGAGAAGGACAUUUUCUCAGACGCAGACCUCAGGCAUGAAAACGUGCUUCACUUCCUGACAGCAGAGGAGAGGAAGGGGCAGAGGCAGUACUGGCUGAUCACAGCUUACCACCCACUGGGGAACCUCCAAGAGUACCUAACCAAUCACAUCAUCUCCUGGCACGACUUGUGGCUGCUGGGGAGCUCGCUGGCCCGUGUAGUGGCACACCUGCACAGUGACCGCACUUCCUGCAGCCGCUUCAAGGUUCCCAUCGCUCACAGGGACAUUAAAAGCUCAAAUAUACUCGUGAAAAAGGACAUGACCUGCUGCCUGUGUGACUUUGGCCUCGCACUUCGACUGGACAACUCUCUGUCUGUGGACGAGUUGGCCAACAGCGGACAGGUGGGCACGGCCAGAUACAUGGCUCCUGAGGUGCUGGAGUCCAGAAUCAAUCUGGAAAACAUCGAGUCUUUCAAACAAGCAGACGUUUACUCCAUGGCUCUGGUGCUGUGGGAGAUCAUCUCCAGAUGCAGCGCGAUCGGAGAGGUGAAGGAGUACAAGCCCCCCUUUGGGAACCUGAGGGAGCACCCAUGUGUGGAGAGCAUGAAGGACAGCGUCCUCCGAGACAGAGGAAGACCCGAGAUCCCCAACAGCUGGACGAGCCAUGCAGGCAUCCAGAUGGUGUGCGGCUCUAUAGAGGAGUGCUGGGACCACGACCCGGAGGCCCGCCUCACCGCGCACUGCAUCGCCGAGCGCUUCGACGACGUAGAGUACCUGGACAAGCUGUCGGACUGCUCCGACUCAGAGGAAAAGAUGCUGGAGGAAAUCAUUGUGGUGGACGAGAAGUAACCGCUCAACAGAACCGCUGCCCCCACCGGGGUGACUGAGGCAUUACAACCAAACAGCUUGGAAAGAAAGGACUUUCAGAGGAUGGAGUAGUUCAGUCCACCUGAUGGGUGACAAAGCAGACAAACUGGAAGAUGACAGUGAUUUUUCUUCUUUUUUUUUUACCAGAGAAAUCAUCAGGAUCAAAUCAGGAACAAACACGGGAGAUCAAACUAUGCAUCAGUUUUAACCAAGUACUAUUUGCACUUUAUGAAUAAGAAUUUAUACAGUAUAUAUGCACACCAAAGUGGAGAGCGGUUUCAGUUUCACAGAGAAUUUUCAGGUAUAGAAAUAAACGGAGCUGCACAUAGAAGGGAGCUAUGUAAAUUAGAGAGGAAUUUAAUACACUAAUAUACAGCUUAUUUUGUAUUCAAGUGCCUGUAUUGUUUUUUAUGUUUUAUUUCUGGCUUUAGAUGAAUGUCUUGACCAAAAAUGCAAGGUGGAUUUCAGUGUAUGAAAAACUGAAUCCAGUGGAGAGUGGGCUUUUCGUUCAGCUACAGAUAAAAGGCAUCGAACUCACAAUGUAAGAACCAGUUUUAACUGCUUAAAACUGGUUGCAUCUUUUAUGUCCAUUUUAUGCAGCAAGAAGCGGCGAAGUUAACGUCUGUGAAAGCAAAGUAUUUCUGCAUCAGCGUGAUGUUUCCUAAAGGAACGUUUAGCCAAAACACGGCGGCAAAGCAAGACUUUACAACUAUAUGAGGAAACUGGACAAGUAAAACUAAUGAACUACGAGGAUCUCUGCCUGGUAAAGAUGUGUAAAAGCCUUAAAGUGAGCUUACUUGUCUUACUGCUCUUUGCUGCAGGUGUCUAAAAGGAAGCUCUGUUUUAACUCCCUUGUAUUUACCCCUAAAGUCUGGAUUCACACGUUGACGUCUUUACCCCAACUGUAACAUCCACACACCCUCUGAGGACAUAGUCCAUUUUAAAUAUGCACAGUUAUGGCAAAUUGUAUUAAAAACAAUUCUUUCUUAAUAUUUACCUUGGAAGAUUCAAUCAUUAAUAUGAAUGAAUCUCACAAGGUAAAUGUUCUCAAAUUAAUGCUGGAGUCGCCACCCUUCAACUUUUAGACUUCCCCCUCUUCCAACACAGCUGAAUCAAAUGAAUGGCUCGUUAGCUGGCCUCUGCAGAACUUGGUGCAAUACUGAGGAAGUGCUGGAGUUGGAGACCCCACAUUAUAAGGUUGGAUUUUUCUAAAAGUUUCAGUGUGAGAUCAUGUUGCUAAAACAACAAUAAUAAUAAUAAAAAAAUCUUAUGUGCUUUACACAUCUUUAUUAGUGGGGCCAAAAAGGAGGAGCAUUGAAUCUACAGCAGAUUAUCAGUAUAUGAAAGAGAAUAUCCUUUUAAAUUGGAAGCUCUGAGAAAAAGCGUCAUCCUAUGUUGUACCAAAGAAAUCAAAUCAAAGAAAUGCAUAUUUGUGUAUGUCUGUAGCUUUAAAAAAAAAAAAAAAAAAACAUUCCUAAAUGUUUCUAAUCUAAAAACAUAAAUUUUAAAAAUAAAAAUAGGACACAAUAUGAAGGAACUUGUCAUUGAUGUCCUGAGGUAAAACCUUUAGAUAAAAAGAGACAUGUUGGAAUAAGAGUUUUUCAGGAGUUUUCACAGUACUAUAUUCGUGUUUGUAUUUGUGUGUUUCUUCUUCAGAGGACUUUAUUAUUGUCAGAUUAUUAGGUCUGUUUAUUCAGACCAAAAAGAAUAAGGAAAGCUAUAUAAUAUGUUAAGGAUGCUAGACUGGAGGAGAAGCCCUCUUUUCCAUAUUUUAUGAAAGCUGAAUAUGUAAAGUGUUUUGGGCUAAUGUGCCUUAUUUUCAUACAGAAAACCAAUGUCUCAGCAAACCUCCAAAAAUAUUUUGUAUCAAACUUUUGUAUAAAAGUGUAAAGUCAAUAUUAAAAUAUUUUCUAUUGUGUUUUAA